AGCAAAGAUGUUGUCGCCACGGCUAUCUCUAGCGGCUAGCCAGAACAGUCGUACUGUAGCCAGCUUGUGGACCAGACAUAAGAAGCAUUCAUCCUUCACUAAAUUGCUCGCAACAAAUCAAGAACAGAACUGACGAUCAUGGCAUCACCAAAGAACAAACAAACUCAGAUCACUGCUCAUAUUCGCAAGCUAUUUAGUUGUCUGUUUCUUGGUAGCAAGAAGCAGGCGACAGUGACUCGCGAACAGCGGAAAAGAAGCGGCAUGAAGGUUGACCUGUCUACCGAUAGCAGCGGCCUGGUUAACUUGCCUACCGACCUGCUCCAUCAGGUGGCCUGCUUUCUGGUCAGGGACGACCUUGUCAGCUUGGCAUUGACGUCUCCUACAAUCUAUCAGCAUCUGAGCAUUGGCAGUGUCAACCAUCCAGCUGAUCAGCAGGGCCCCAACCAUAAUAAUGAUCCGGGUGUUGUUUUUAAUGAUCGUUUUGGCUGUGGGUGGGGGUACGCAGCCAAAUUGCAGAGUGUUGCCACCUUUGCCAAUCGACCUAUCCAUUCCGUCCAGGUGUCAUUCCGCUGGCGGGAUCAAGGAUGGGGCAACCAGAAGGGAAUGGCUCGUAUCGUGGCAGUGAAUGCCGAUAAUACUAGUCAUUGCCAAGUGAGCUGCACACAUAGUGCCGGAAUUGCACCCCAUGAAGAGACAGAACAAAAGUCCAUGUGUUUUAUGCCCCUUGCUGGGAUGGAAUACUUCUUGCAGGUUCGGGUGGGUGGUGGUGGUGGGCACUCACUACAUCUCAAGAAUAUUCAACAACACUACAUCAUUUUUGACGACGAGGACCGCAGUGUCACCCGAACUCACCAACAGCUAAUGGGAGGAGGUACAACAGUCCCUUCCGGCGCUCCCUCACUGCUUCGCUGCGCUCGGCUGCUGGGGGGAUGUGCAUCAGUCCCUUCCAACUUCCCCUUGCUGCUUCGCCAGUGUCAAGUGGUGCUGGCAGAGCUACAGGGCAAAACCCACAACAACUAUGAAAUGGAAAGUCAAGAAAAUGCUACAGAGCUCUACGCCAUUCUUAAACGAAUAGGGCACGAAAAGACGCCUGCCUCUGUAAAAUUGCUCCAAGAUGUUCUCUUGGCCGAGUCCAAGUACCAAGAGCAAGUUCAGGCCACAACUUGGACGAUGGGUAUUGGUUCGAGUGAGUUAAUGCCGAUCAUCGCAAAUCACCGGCAUUUUGGUGGCUUGCGCAUUGGUGAUGGUUGGGACUGGAACAACGACGACGAUUUGGACGAAGAUGAAUUUGUCCGAUGGGAGGAAGCUCUGCAGAGAUUGCAAGACUAGCAGUGCUUGCACCGGCCUGAUCAGCGGCCAAGCUUGGGAUUUCAUUCAAGUGAGUGUUGAACCUUCUAUCACGCAUUCGGUGAGGGUUUGCCUCGAAGUAGCGAUCUUUCACUGGAAUGACUGAGUCUGUUGAUUUGCUAGUCCAGUGGAUACGCCAAGGGUAUUAUGUAGACGAAGCAAGAGGCAGAGGAUCACCAAAAACCAAAGCCAUUUCGGAACUGAACUCUCUGGCUGAGAUAACCAAAUUUUCGGGCAAAAAAUGAGCAGCUUACUGAAGGACAAAAGGGGAACUAAAUAGACUUAACGCCAUGUCUGAAUAACCACAGCGUCCGGUUCACAGGAGUUUUGCAAGCCGAAAUCUCCG